CUUGUGCAAAAGGGUCACGUUUAUUAUGGAAGUACUCUUAUCUUCCAUCACACAAAAUCUUCAUAAAUAGCCUUCUAUGCCUUACACUUCUCAUUCCCACAAACCAGCCAUGGCUGCAUUGUCAUUUGCUACCUUGCUAUUAUGCCUCUUCUCUCUGCUUCUCAGCCAUGCUGUUGUUGAACUUGAGGCUUCCCACCAUGUCUACAGAAACUUACAAUCUCUUCCGUCCAACUCAUCUGCCUAUCAACCUUACAGGACCUCCUAUCACUUCCAGCCUCCCAAGAACUGGAUCAAUGGAGUAAUGAUCUAUAAGGGAAUUUACCAUUUGUUCUACCAGUACAAUCCACUUGGAGCAGUUUGGGGCAACAUUGUUUGGGCCCACUCAACAUCCAAGGAUCUCAUCAACUGGAUCCCUCAUGAUCCUGCAAUCAGCCCAUCGCAGCCGUCCGAUAUCAACGGCUGCUGGUCGGGCUCCACUACUAUCCUCCCGGGGGACAAACCAGUCAUUCUCUACACUGGAAUUAACCCACAGAAUCAGCAGGUCCAAAAUUUGGCCAUGCCCAAGAACCUAUCUGAUCCAUACCUCAGAGAAUGGAUCAAGUCUCCUCAUAACCCAUUAAUGGCACCAACUCCCAUUAACAAGAUCAAUGCAAGCUCAUUUAGAGACCCAACCACAGCCUGGAAAGGCCCUGAUGGGAGAUGGAGGGUAAUUGUCGGCAACAAGAGGCGUAAGAGAGGAAUGGCUAUUUUAUAUAGAAGCAAGGAUUUUGUUAAUUGGGCUAAAGCCCAGCACCCACUCCAUUCUUCCAAUGACAAUGGAAUGUGGGAGUGCCCGGACUUCUAUCCGGUUCAGAUGAACAGCAGCAAAGGUGUUGAUACAUCCAUGAUUGGUUCAAACAUUAAACAUGUGCUCAAAGUUAGCCUUGAUGAUACUAAGCAUGAGUACUACACAAUUGGGACUUAUUACCAUGACAAGGAUAACUAUGUUCCUGAUAAGGGAUCAGUGGACAACGAUUCGGGCUUGAGGUAUGAUUAUGGGAAAUUUUAUGCUUCGAAGACUUUCUUCGACAGCUCCACAGGCCGGAGGAUCUUGUGGGGUUGGAUUAAUGAAUCGUCGAGUGAGAAAGAAGAUAUCAAGAAGGGGUGGUCUGGAGUUCAGGCAAUUCCAAGGAGCAUCUGGCUUGAUAAAUCUGGGAAACAAUUGGUGCAAUGGCCGGUUGCAGAAAUCGAAAAGCUUCAUGAGAAUCAAGCGAAGAUGAGAAGCAUUGAGCUUAAAGGAGGGUCAACCCGUGAAAUCUCUGGUGUUAAGGCAAUACAGGCAGAUGUGGAGAUUUCAUUUAAGAUAACAGAUUUUAAGGAAGCAGAGUUUUUGGACCCAAGUUGGAAAAAUCCACAAGAGCUUUGUGGUCAGAAAGGUGCAUCAGUGAAAGGUGGACUAGGACCCUUUGGGUUGCUGGUCCUGGCUUCUAAGGGCUUGCAAGAGCACACGGCUGUGUUUUUUAGAAUAUUCAGAGCUCAAAAGGGUUAUGUGGUGCUCAUGUGCAGUGACCAAAGCAGGUCCUCACUAAAUGAACAAAAUGACAAAACCACCUAUGGAGCUUUUGUGGACUUGAACCCAGUGCUCGAGGAAGUGUCACUAAGGAGCUUGGUAGACCACUCCAUAGUGGAGAGCUUCGGAGGAGGGGGGAAGAGUUGCAUCACUGCUAGGGUUUAUCCCCUAUUGGCUGUUGAAGAUGAAGCCCACUUGCAUGCCUUCAAUAAUGGGACCGCAGCUGUAACCAUUUCAAGGCUUAGUGCUUCAAGCAUGAAGAAAGCUCAGAUCUCUUGAAUUAAUUAGGAAAGUGGGGGGUUGAUGGAUUUGUAUUGAGUAAAAAUGAGUCAGCAUAUUAUCACCAUUAUUUACACUAAUUAACAGAUUUGAAAGUUACGGUCAACAUUGUAUAAUGAAUGCUUUCAGCAUUAUCCCUUUUUUGUUUAAGUUUCUUUUUAAAAAAACAAUUUGGUCAA